CUUAAUACAUAUAGAUUAGAUGAUGAACAACAUAAUAUUCAUUUGCAAUAUCGAAACAUCCAAAUUAGUCAAUGGUACAAUUUAAAUAUUCCACAAAUAACCCAUUUAUUUUUUAUAAAAAGUACUGAAGAUGUUUGUUUCGUGGAAAAAAAUGGAUCAGCUCGAAUCUAUAAUUUGAUAAGUGGUAGAUUUCGGCCGGGAACCGCACAACUUCCAAGAAAUUGCACCCGGGUAAUGAGCACACCAGAUGGUGCUUGCUUUGUUGCAUUUGUGAAAGAAAAACUCUUUGUUAAAGCAUCUGAAGUCGAGGAUAAAGUAAUAGAGAUAACCAAUAAAACAUGCACAAAAAUGCAAGUAGAAAAUCCUAAACCUAAAUUAUUAAGUACCAAUGACACAAUCGAAUUAUCAAAUAUCAACAUUACAACUAAAAAUAAUGAAGAAACUGCAAUUGUAUCCCAAAAAAAUUUAGAUAGUUCAACAGAGCUUGAAAUACAAACGUUUAAAAGCAUAGAUAAAGAAAGUGAGACUAUCUCAGAGAAUAUGUACACAGAAGAAAAUAAUUUUGAUAUUAAUAAUGAAGCUAAGUCGUCAAGUAUCGAUAACACAACUAAAAAUAAUAAAGAACUUGCGACUAUUUCUCACGAAUGUAUAGUUGAUUUAACAGAAUCUAAACUGCAGAAGAAUACUAUGAUUCAAUCUAAGAUAAAUAAUUCUCAAGUUUUAAAUAGAGACAUUGUUCGUGGAUACGUAUUUUUUUUGGAAAGGUUUAACAAAAAUGCAAACAAAGUAAUCGAAGUUCCAUUUGCUAAUCCAGCCAUAGAACUUUUUCAAUUUUGUUCGCUUGCAAAUAAACAAACUCAUCUAAUAACAAUUGACUUACGUAAUAAUGUUUUUCAAUCUUUGAUGGUUAAAGUUACACAAAUGAAGGCUAAAUAUCGAUUUGAACGAAAGACAGUAAAAAAUUCUUCAGGCAAAGUAAAAAUAGAAAGCAAUGAUCCAUUUACAAUCGUUGGCCAAAACACAAAGUUCACCGAUGACCUUCAUGUGGGUGAUACUUUAGUUAUUGGUAAUGAAAAAUUUCAAAUUAUCAAAGUUGUUAACGAUUGUGAAUUGAAGAUAAUCAAUCAACAGCAACUUAAUUUUGAAGAAUGGCAACAAUUUAACAUUGAACCAAGAACAAAAAUAAAUGGAUUGUUUGAUGUAUAUUCUAUGGUUUUUACAAAAUAUGCAAUCACAAACCCAUUUAGUAAAAAGGAUGAAUUGUUAAAAUUAACAAUAGUUAUAGAACUAAGCAGUAAACUGAGCAUAGACAAUUAUAAGACAAAGUUUAAAGCAUAUUUUUGUAAAUUAUUUCAAAAAUAUAAGAAAGAAACAAAAAAACCUAUGAGCAAUCUUGAAAAAUUUAGUGUAAAUUGUAUUAUUUUUGAAAGCUUUGACAACCUUGCAAGCGAAUUUACAGAACAUAGGUUUGGAGAUUGGAUUAUUGAUUUUUUUUGUCUUAUUCCUAUCCAAAUUGCUGUUGCGCACGAAAAUGAAUUUAUACCAAUUCGAGACGGAUUCUUAGAAAAAACUGAACAAAAUGUGCUUGAUGAUGGGUUUGGAUUAAUUGGAAAUAUAUCAAAAGCUAUUUCAUUUGGAUGGUAUGAGUCUAUAUUUGAACAUUAUGCUGAUCUGGAAGUAAAAGUAAUUUCAUCUAUGGGAGAGCAAUCUUGCGGCAAAAGUUAUUUACUAAAUCAUUGUCUUGGUUCAACGUUCGAUGGAUCCGCUAUGCGUUGCACGGAAGGCAUAUGGAUGUCAUUAGGAAAGUUUUUAUUAAAAAUAGAUGAAAUUCUUUAUGUGGCACUUGAUUUUGAAGCAAGUAUUGAAAGAUCAGCACAAGAAGAAACAUUUUUACAGCUUUUUAAUGCGGCACUUUCAAAUCUUGUACUUUUUAAAAGCAAUUUUGCAGUUAGCAGAAAUAUUUCUUCCAUGUUCCAACGCUUUCAAGAUGGAGCAAAAUAUUUUGGAGAUGAUCCUGACAUAUUUCAAGCAUGCUUUUGUAUAGUUAUUAAAGAUGUCGUAGUAGAUGACAGAGAAGGAGUCGUUGAAGAAUAUCAUUCAAAAUUUGCAAACAUUGUUAAUGAAGAAGAGGAAGAUAACUUCAUAUCAAAACUAUAUCGCAAUAAUAUGUCGAUAGUUGCUUGGCCAAUAUUUACUGACCCAACAUUUUACACUUCGCUUGAGGAAUUCAAAUUUAUACUUGAUAAACAAGAAUCCCAAUAUAAGAAUACACGAAUGUUUUCAGAAAAGGCAAAGAUAAUAAUGUCAAAACUACAAGCGUGUGACUGGGGAAGUGUCAAAGCUUCUUUGAUGACUAUUAGAACGUUAGAGUUGAAAAAGUUUCUCAAUAAUGCUAUAUCAUUUGGAUAUGAACAAAAGAAUGAUAAUCAAUUUCAUGAUAAAAAUAAGCUUAUAAAAUAUCUUACAAACCGAGAUGAUGGAACUUCAAUUCCUGACAAUGAUGUUUUCCUAUCUGAAAUCUUCGAUCAUAUUAAUGACUCAAUCAAAAUAGUUCAUGAUACCGAACUUAUAUUAUUCGAAGAGAAUGGGAAUUUUGUUGAAAUUUCGUUUA